AAGUAAACCGAAAUGAUGGUCACUAUAGCAACUUUCAAAAGCGUUCAGCCAAUCAGAGCGCAGUCUUGGUGGCGUAGGUUCUCCAUAGUGACGCGCUACGCCAUCUUGCCAUCUUGCGUCGAGCACCUCAACAGAGACGCGUUUCGCGCUCCGCAGCAACACAAGGGAAAUUUCCGAGAGAUGAACAGUCAGAGCUCCCGCAACGAGACGGCAGCCACCGCUGUUAACGGCUCCGAUUCAGCGGCGGCGUCCAGAGACCACAAAUCAGGGGGCGGCGUCCUGAAACGGCUAAAAUCCCGACGAAAUCAAGUGGACCGUCGGCCUGUAACGGAGGAAGAGCUGCGGGCGCUGGGCAGAGACAUCACUCCGGAUGAAGUUUUGGGACUCCGCGCAGUCGCUCGCGACCUUGAUGAAGAGGACGAUGAAAACCGAGACGCUGACACCAGUGCGGGACGAUUCGUUCGCUAUCAGUUCACACCAGCAUUCCUUAAGUUACGCACAGUCGGAGCCACGGUGGAGUUCACAGUUGGCGAUCAACCGGUCACUAAUUUCCGAAUGAUUGAGAGGCAUUAUUUUCAAGACCGCCUCCUGAAGAGUUUUGACUUCGACUUCGGCUUUUGCAUCCCCAACAGUCGGAACACGUGUGAACAUAUUUACGAGUUUCCUCAGCUCCCAGAAGACCUCAUUCGACUAAUGAUUGAACACCCAUAUGAAACCAGAUCAGACAGCUUCUACUUUGUGGAUAACAAACUCAUCAUGCACAACAAGGCGGACUACGCUUACAACGGAGGCCAGUAGUGCUGCUUCAGCAGGAAACCUGACCAUUGUUUGUUGGAGUGACUGUGUGGGGUUCACUUGGUUUGUGUUUGCGUGGAAUGCAAAUUCAACACAGACUCUUACUACCAACAAAAACAAAACUAUACACGUUGACACCAGCACACCAUCAUGGCACCAUCGACCCACCCAACUGGAAAUAAUGACCAUUCCUCUAUGAUGAAGUUCCUGCAUUCCACUCUACUUGUGGGUCUGGCCAAAAAAAUGAAGCAUUUCUCCUUCGACUAGUCGGAAGCGAAGAAUUCUGUCAUCCUGCUUUUAGGGUGACUACUAUAGAGGAGUUUGGUUUUGUAACUUGCGUUGUCUUCUUGCACCAUUAACCUUUUGUCUUGAAUUGUUUUUUUGAAGUCGUGUUACCAAACAUAAUCUUGAACAUCUGGAUAUUUUGGAAUAUUAUUCAGAUGUGCUAAGAUAAAGCAUUCCUGCCGUAGGUUUGGUCACUAAUGUGAAGUUGCACAGAUUUUGCUGUUUUAUUAUCAGUCAUUAGAGGGAGAGAACAGCUUGAUUGGUGCACAUCCUCUCUUUGUCAAAGUAAACUCUUAAGAUAUUUUCAGAUCGGUCAGCAUGUCCGGUUCAUGACGUGUUAUUUUUGUCACUCUGACCCUAAAACUGAUCAAGUUCACGGUGUUUUGUUCAAUUACUGUACUGUUUAAAGGUUGGGGUCAGUAAAAUGUCUAAUGUAGACUCUACUGUUCAUCAAGGCUACAUUUGAUCAAAAACACUGUCAAAUAUCACUUUUGUGAAAUAGUGUUAGAACCUUUUUAAAAAUCACAGUUUUUAAUCUUUUUUUUCUGCCAUGGGAUCAAAAAUAAAUUCAUUUUGACUGCUAAUCUCAAUGAUGGAAAUUAUUCUACAAUAGCAAGAUUUUAUAUCACAAUUUUGAGGUAAGUAUGCCAAGUAUGCAGUCUAAAAUUGUGACUUCUUAAUUUUAAAGUUUAUAUCUUGCAGUUGUGUCUUAUAUCAGAGUUGUGAUAUAGUAAUGCAAAAUCGAGAGAUGCAGAGCUGCGUUUUCUAAAGAGGAGAUCCUGAGGCUUAACUGGAAUUCUAUAGUAUUAAGUUUAAUAUCUUAAAAUAUAUCAGAUUAAAUUUGUAAUUCUUUAGAGCUGUAUUUCAGCAUUAUUACUCCAUUUCUUAGUGUAUCAUGAUCCCUCAAAAAUCAUUUCAAUAUGAAAAAAAUUAAACCAUAGUCUGACCUCAUCAAAAAAGGAUUUUUAUUCAUUUCUUUUCUGUAAGUUAAGUCUCCAUCUUGCUGGGGCAAAAAAAAAAAUGUCCUAGUUUGAAGUCCUGCGGGGGUCUGGAAGGGGCAUAUAGCUGUAUUUCCUAUAGAUUCCAUCUGGUUUUGUCGUGUACGAGGGCUUUGGAUGUUACUCUCAGCUGUUCAUACAGAAACACUCGUGUCACACACAGAGAGAGGGAUGUGAUUCCCAACAUGGUGUCCCUGUGCACCUUUCAAGCUGUUUAGCCCCUUUCAGAGCUUUGAUGUUUACCUUUGAUCUAAUUCAACAGGAUGUUUAACAGCGGAUAUGAGUUAGGCUAAGAAAGUGUUUUUUUUUUUAUCUAAAAAGCUGCUGGAAGCCCAUCAGAGACCCCUUAACUUUACAUAUUUGAAUAUUCUGAACUUGAUUUGAUGAGCUUGUUAUCAAAGCGAAUCGUGCGCCGGUAGGAAAACGGCUCUUGUUAUUCAUUCAAAAGUCAGUUCUCAACUCCCAAUCCAUCCGCUUGUAAAGUUUUGAUGUGUAGGAUACUGUUUCUGGGUUCAAGCUUCUACACAUUACAGAGAAAAAUUGGCUGCGUUUCAUAUGGCAAUAUUUCGUUCACUUAUAAUCACGCUCCAUAUUAGUACAGCACACUGAAAAAUUAUUAUUUGGGUUUACUCAAUUUUUUAGGGUGAGUGGUUGCAAACAAUUUAGAUGGGCUGAAUUUAAGCAAAUUAUUAUUAUUAUUAUUAUUAUUUAAUUCAGCCCAUAAAAAUUGUUUGCAACAUUAGCUUAAAAAAACUUUGUAAAUCGAAUAUUUUUUUCAGUGCGUAUAUAUUGGUAUAUGAUUUGUUGUUAGUUUUUAGAAUUUAGACCCAGCAUUUGGACCCAGAAACAUGAUGUCAGAUUUAACAAGCUUCUAUACAUGUCUGUUUUAAGUGUCCUUAAAAAAGAGAGAUAACGAGGCUGAAGGAAGAUUGUUUGUGUAGUAUUUGUGGAUGAUUGCGUGUCUGUCCGAUGCCUUACUCGUGCUGUUUACAGGUCCAGGUACCAUCUAUGGGAUUUACCACACUGACUUGUCUGUAUAUCAUGACAGACCAAACACAAGAAAAAAGCUGCGUUCAUGUCAUAUUGUGAUUUCCAACAAGUAAAAAGUGAUCAUGUCCUCGUACAACUUGUAAAGAGGGAUUCUUUUUGAAAGCUUAAAUCCCAUGACUGCCAUUGAUUCAUUUUAGGUGCUGAGUUUGAGAUUUUAUAGUGUUGCCAUAGACCAAGCAAACACAGAAUGUUCUCCUGUCGUUCCCAUGGUUCACAUCAAAUUAUAUAUAUUUUUUUUAAUAAAUGCAAAAACUAACAACCCAGAAUGUUGCAGGGAGGUGGUUUUACAACUUAAGGAGAAAUUGAGGGUUCUAACCUAGAGGGAACAUUCUAUUUACAUUAAGCGUUCCUGACUGAAUGUACUGAAAACCGUACACUAAUAUUUGUAGAAUGGGUUCUGGGAAUUAGAACAUAACUAUAGAACAUAGAACAUAAUUCAGAGUCCGAGGCUCUUGAGUUAAAACAACAUGAAAAGUCAUUUCAGAUUGAACAAUGUUAAUUACGAGAUUACAUGAACGCAUAUAUUUAGGUUUGAAGCUUGAUGCUCACUUUUCAGAUAGGGGUGUGUGAUAUUGCAAACAAAUGUGUCAUCUCAAUACUUUCAAGGAUUUUUAAUAAUCAUUUUUAAUCUUUUGCUGUGUGUUUUGAUUUCUGGCUUGUUUAGGUUUGACAAAUGUAAACGUAAAACUGCCAGUAGGUGUUGACAACUUAAAGAGGGAUACAUUCAAAUGAUUCAAUCAAAAUGGCUGAUUCAUUCAGAAAUGUCGAAAGCCACCCUUUUUCUUGUUUGUUAUUAAUGUAACAUAUCUAGUGCAUGAGGAAAUAAUUAUACAAUUAGAAGAUCCUCACUUUUUAGUAAAUGGGGGCCAUGGUAAAGGUAUGCAUUUCCUUGUAGAUUUCUACCUAAAUUCUGUUAAAAACUAACAUUGAUAUUUCAAAGAUUGCACUAAGGAGUAGUCAUUGACUUCCAUAAUAGGAAAAAAACACUCUGGAUGUCUACUGUUUUCUUCAGCAUUCUUUAUAAUAUGGUCUCAACAGAAAAUAACUUUAAGUUAAUUAGUGAAAUAAUCACAAAAACGACAAUUACAGUAAUCGUACAGACAACAAAUAUUGCACACCUCUAUUUUUGCUCUCCUAAAAUAUUUUUAACCCAAGUUAAGGCCUGGUCAAUGAUAACUAUUUUAACGUCCACACAAACAAAGGAUUUUUUUUUAAUAUUAUGCAGCAGUUCUUUGCUCUUAAGACUUUAAACUCCUCAGCUCAUUAAAGCAGGAUGAAUUCUGAUAGGCUGUAAAUAUUUUAUCAUUCAUCAGCUGGAAAAAAAAAAGAAAUAUUGUUCCUCUUUGUUGUUAUUUUUUUGUGCUGAAGUACAUUUCUUUUUUUUUUUAAUGUCCUAACUGUUACUGUUAAUGUUUUUGAUGUGUAUGGGUCCUUCCAUAUGUUUCACUGAGAGAGGUGUUAAGUGUCUAUUAGUUUCUAAACCAUGGGUCUCAAAGCUUAAUUCCUGGAGGGCCACAGCUCUGCACAGUUUUGCUCCAACCCUAAUCAAACACAGAUGAUCCAACUAAUCAAGGUGUUCAAGACUACUCAGAGCAGCAGACCUGCGGCCCUCCAGGAAUUAAGUUUGAGACAUAUGUUAUUAAGCAUUUCAGUUGACACAACAAGGAUGUGAUCUGUUCACUUUUGGUGUUUUUUCUUCUUCUUUUUUUUGUCUUGCACUCUAAUGUGUGGAUUUGGAAAUAUCCGUUGCUUUAGGAAUGCUGCUUGUGCUUUACAUUUGUUGUGUAUUAUGGUGUCAACUGGAAUACAUUUGUCCUUUUAUGUAGACUUUUAUUAUGUCAGAUUUAAUUACGCCUGUAUCAGGACUUUUAUUUUGACAUAUUUCGUUAUACUACAUUCUUUUACACUGACUGGUUUAUACAUUAACUGGUAAAACCAAGACUAGUAAACCGGGUCCAUUAAAAUGAAUAGGUACAUUCGACUUUCAUUUUCAUUACUGACAAGUUUGAGUGACACUGAAGGCUGAAUGUUAUAUUCUCAAGACGAGAUCAAGUUUCCCAUUUUGUUAUGUAUAGUGUUGAUAACUUUUGAAAAAUGAACCAUUGUUUUAUUAUAAUAAAAGUCUAGUAACCAAUGAUGUGUGGUCCAUUGAUAGAUUUAUACAACCACAUAUUUGCUCCAAAAAUUAUGGUUAAGCUGUAGUUUGUGUAGCAAAACUUUAGCUACAGAAAACUGUUUUAGAUAUUAAUUUUAGUAAAGCCAGUGUUGAUUUUCAUAAGGGAAAAUUGAUUAAAGGUAUGUUAUAUUAAUUUAAUUCAAUGCAUUUUUCUAAUCUCAACCUGUAGUCUAUAAUUCACAUCCUGUCAAUAAUUUCCAAGGUCCACUUUUUUGUCAGGAUUAUAGGGGCAUUGUAUUAUAUUGUGUAAAAUAGGACUUCUGUUAAGAUGUGUAAGGGGUGUUUUGUUUUGUUCAGAAAGGGAAAUAAAUUCGUUUUAUA